GGUGCAGAAGGGCACCAGCCCCUCCCAGUUUGGGUGAGCAGGUUUGUGAUUAGUUAUCAGGCAGAAACCCACAAGCAAUUAACAGCUCUGACAUCAGGGGACGACGGGCAAAUAUAAAACCCUCAGCUCUAAGAGCGGUUUGGCGGAGAAUCCCCUCAGGAGUUGGAGCUUGAUUUUUCUCUAUGUGCCUCAGUCUCUGCACAAAGGGCCGCAGAACCAGAGCCUUGCUUCCAGCAGAAUGGAAGUUCAUAGACUCCUCUCUCUAGGAUACAUCUUCUUGCCCCUGCUGUUCACUCAGCAGGCGGGGGCUCAGUUUCCCAGGGAGUGUGCCACCACGGAGGCUUUGAGGAAUGGUGUGUGCUGCCCAGACCUGGCCCCCGUGUCCGGGCCUGGGACUGACCCCUGCGGCUCCUCAUCAGGGAGGGGCAGGUGUGAGGCAGUGACUGCGGACUCCCGACCCCACGGCCCCCAGUACCCGCAUGAUGGCCUAGACGACAGGGAGGGCUGGCCCACACGCUUCUUCAACAGGACGUGUCACUGCAAUGGCAACUUCUCGGGACACAACUGUGGGACUUGCCGUCCUGGAUGGAGAGGAACCGCCUGUGACCAGAGGGUGCUCACAGUCAGGAGAAACCUUCUGGAUUUAAGUACAGAAGAAAAGAACUACUUUGUCCGGGCCCUGGAUAUGGCGAAGCGCACAACUCACCCCCAGUUUGUCAUUGCCACCAGGAGGUCAGAAGAAAUCUUGGGGCCAGAUGGCAACACACCCCAAUUCGAGAACAUUUCCAUUUACAACUACUUUGUGUGGACACACUAUUAUUCGGUCAAAAAGACUUUCCUUGGGGCAGGCCAGGAAAGCUUUGGCGAAGUGGACUUCUCCCAUGAAGGGCCAGCUUUUCUCACGUGGCACAGGUACCACCUGCUGCAGCUGGAGAGAGACAUGCAGGAAAUGCUGCAGAACCCUUCCUUCUCCCUGCCUUACUGGAAUUUUGCGACUGGGAAGAACGUCUGUGACAUCUGCACCGAUGACAUGAUGGGCUCCAGGAGCAACUUCGAUCCCAACCUCAUAAGCGCGAACUCUGUCUUUUCUCAAUGGCGAGUGGUGUGUGAGUCCUUGGAAGAUUAUGAUACCCUAGGAACCCUCUGUAACAGCACCGAGGGGGCGCCAAUUAGGAGGAAUCCAGCCGGAAACGUGGCUAGACCAAUGGUGCAACGUCUUCCUGAACCACAGGAUGUCGCUCAGUGCUUAGAAGUUGGUUUAUUUGACACACCUCCUUUUUAUUCCAACUCUACAAACAGUUUCCGAAACACAGUGGAAGGUUACAGUGAUCCCAUGGGAAGGUAUGAUCCUGCUGUUCGAAGCCUUCACAAUUUGGCUCAUCUAUUCCUGAAUGGAACAGGGGGACAAACCCAUUUAUCUCCAAAUGAUCCUAUUUUUGUCCUCCUGCAUACUUUCACUGAUGCAAUCUUUGAUGAAUGGCUGAGGAGAUAUAAUGCUGAUAUAUCCACAUAUCCGUUGGAAAAUGCCCCUAUUGGACAUAAUAGACAAUACAACAUGGUGCCAUUCUGGCCUCCAAUUACCAACACCGAAAUGUUCGUUACUGCUCCAGAUAACCUGGGAUAUACUUACGAAGUUCAAUGGCCAGGUCGAAGUUUUCGUAUUUCUGAGAUUAUUACCAUAGCAGUGGUUGCUGCUUUAUUGCUGGUUGCAGUCAUUUUUGUGGGCGCUUCUUGUCUGAUUCGUGCCAGAAGCAACAUGGAUGAAGCCAAUCAGCCUCUCCUCACUGACCAGUAUCGACACUAUGCUGAAGAAUAUGAAAAAGUCCCGAAUCCUAAUCAAUCUAUGGUCUAACUAUAAAAGACCUAUUGUCUUACACCAGAGUCUUACAAAAGCCCUGGCUGAAAAAUAAUAGAUUGAGUUACUAACUGUAUUUUCUUUCACUCUGUUCCUUUCUUCCUAUGCAUGCACAUGUUGGAAUUAAAGCUCCAGAAAUCACUUUCCAGAGCUGGGAAGAGUCACAACAUUUUCCUUUUAUUUCAGACAGUAGGUUGCACCCACUCUAUGGUGUUUAAGCAGAAAGUGUCAAGAUUUUUGGCAUGUCCUAAAGGUCAAUUAUAUGACAAUGUAAAUAAGCUGCUUUUACUUUGUUUAAAAAUCAUAAAGAAAAAUCAUGAUUGAUUGAAAAUUCCUGAUUAAAAUACAUGAGUAGGCAUUUCUACAGUACUAAGAUGUAAAUAUAUUUCCAUUCAUUGACACUGACCAACAGAUGUAAAGGAAGCCACGUUUAUUAGUUAAAAUAAUUUACGUGGUGUUAUAAAUGGGACUCCAAUUAACUUCUUCAAAAUGGUCUUCCCCUUUGGGUACCAGCAUAUUUAGUGUAAGGUUCAAGACCAAAACAAAUCGCACUCUUUGUCGCACUUUAGAGAGAUAAAAGCUUCACCUUGUUUAAGAGAUAAUUGAUACUGCCUGUCUCCUACCUCUCAAUUUGCUGAAAAAGGAACUACCCAUCCAUGCAUUUCACCUCCCGAUUCCUCUUCUAAUAGCUGAGAUCCACAGGGAGGCAUAAAGGUGAAGAACCUGCAUCACAGUGCUCUACAAAUAGUAUUCAGUAAGCUGUGUUUCAUUCAAAUAGCUUCCUCUUAUCACUUGUCAGACUUUUCUGUGUUUUCAAAUAAAAUAUUUCAUUGGUCCUCUGUA